AUGGCUUCUUCCAGCCUCCCAUACCGGCACGACCUUACCCCAGACGUAUCAUCCUACAUCGAGAUGGCCGAGGAAAUAGAAAGUUAUGUGAAGGAGCGAUUUGAGAACCAGGUCCAGACGAAUGUGGAGUUUCGCAAUGGCCGAUGGCUGAUUUGGGCUAGCAUAAGAUUUACUAAGGAAGAACUGGAGGACAUGGUAGUGGAACUGAGGAGCCGCGCAAGAGAACAACUGGCCGCGAAUUAUAAAGCAGGUCAUCCGUAUGGAUAG